GCUAGUUUUGCGUCAAUCCAGUGACCAUGCACCCUGAAAGCUAACCAUGCCUCCUGAAAGCUCACCAUGCCUCAAGAAGGCAGCAAGCAGCGCCCCUGCGCCUUCCGUGCUCCCGUAGUUUAUGAUUGUGCAUGCAGCUAAUGGUUACAGCCACAACAAACCAUGUCCCUGCAAGCUCCAGAAUCGAAUAAUGGAGAGCACCAAGCCAACCUUCAUCCAGGGCAAGGACAGCUCCCCGAGGGAUUGAACAGGAACAGUGAACAUGCUUCCACCACUGGCCAGUCCAACAAAGAAGACGAUACACCACCAGAGAUCCCAGAAGGCAUCGACCCAACCUUCUUCCAGUUAUCAGAAGAGGAAAAGGAGAAUGCUGCGGAUAUCAAGGAUGCCAUUGAAAGCUUAACAGAUGCAGACAAUCUGUCAGACUUUAUGUAUGCAAAUAUGGCUCUUGUAUGGGAUGUAGCCACUGCAGUGGAACAUGCCUACCUGAUACAAGAAGUGAGAAAUGAGUAUAAGAUACUGCUAACGUAUGAAGAUGGUGUCCGAGCAAUCACAGAAUUGGUAGAACUGUGGCCGACAUAUUUUCUCUCUUACAUGUUUGAUUUAAAGGAGGCAAAGUCUGUUUUGGUAAUGGACUUGAGCGUCCCAGAUAAGGAAUCCUGGAGAGACCCCAGGAAAGUUGCAAAGUUGAUCCGUGGAGGGUUCUACGUCACAGCUGCCACAUUCCCUACCUUGGAGGUCAUGAGGAAAGGUAAAACUGACAUCUUUGAAUUUGAAGGGUUUCAGUGGGGAAAGGGUAUGGUUGAGGUGAGAGGUGCCGACGAAGUUACCCGCCAGACCAUCGGUGCCUUGCCUUCGAAAUUCGAAGCUCAUUUCUACCACACUCCUAUGAUGGCAAAUGUGUUUGUGUCCAUGUUGAAAAAGAUGCUCCCCACAGAGGUUGCAGCAAGGUUUCAUGUUGGGUUUCGAUUUGCCGGAGGGAGAUUAUCCACUUUCUACUUACAACCAACACCUGAAAUCGCUUCCAAGAGAACCUUGGGAAACCUGCUGGAGGGCCUUAAAAUUCGAUUUGACAGUGAGAAGAUGUUUUCACUUGAUACAAAUUAUGGCACGCUUCAAGAGGAGGAGGAAGGCGAGGACUGAGACCACCCGGUUCUUUUUCGAUGCAUUGGCGUGGAUUGUGUCCUUGCAUGUAUGUGCAAUCGUUCAAUUCCCUUCCCCCAUUGCCUUCCUCUUCCAUUGAGACCCCGGCUGAUUGGCACUCAUGUGUACACCGAAAUGCGUAAACACAGUUCAAUUGCCAUGGCAUAGUCUCAAGUGGUUGCGCUGGGCCAAUCCGCGAAGGAAACUAGGACACUGCAUUUGUAUAUUCGCUUUAUUUACUUACUGCACUGAUUGUGGGCCCUUCCGCUAGCAAGGAAGUUGUGUCUUCAAUAGGCGAACAAAGCUCCAAGUCCAAAGUUGGAUUAUGACUAGCCAAAUGCAUCUAUCUAGGGAACUUGGUCUAAUUGGGAUACAAACACUGGUGGUUGUGGUGCGCUGGGGGCUGAAACGUAAACGGACAUCCGUUGGUUUCCUGGUAUUUAGUUGAAUACAACGAUCAGGGCAUUCUCAUGGGUCUGGAGGGAUGCCCACUAUCCUUCCAUUCCAU